GCGAACAGCAGACUUGACAGGCUAUCAACUCGCAACUCGUCGGACCCAGACUUUUCUGCAACGCCUGCCCCGUCGCUGGCAUCAUGGCCGCUAUAUCGAGUCUGGACAUGUCCAUGCUGACAUAUUCUGCGCGACUGGCAACAUUCAAUACGGAACAUCAACUCACAAAGCGACGCGCCUCGACUCAAAAGAAGAAACAAGCGUCGACUGUCUCAUGGCCUCACGAAUCUCCCUCCGGCGAAGAGCUUGCUCGCGCCGGCUUCUUCUUCAAACCUGCACCGGACAGCGACGAUAAUGCUCAAUGCUUCCACUGCGCCGUAAAACUCGAUGGAUGGGAGAGCCAGGACGUUCCCCUCCAGGAGCAUCUGGCUCACUCGACACAAUGCUCUUACGCACUCAGUCUGUCUGUGAUGGACAAGGCCGAAGAACGCGACCCUAUGAGCCGCGAGUUGGUCGACGCCCGUACAAGCACCUUUGGCGACAUGUGGCCCCACGAGCACAAGAAGGGAUGGAAACCCAAGGUCAAACAAAUGGUCCAAGCCGGCUGGGCCUAUGACCCUUCACCAGCCGACGAGGAUGGUGCCACAUGUUUCUACUGCAACAUGUCACUGGAUGGAUGGGAGCCAAAGGACAGCCCGCUUGAGGAACACCGUCGCAGGGAACCCAACUGCCCAUUCUUUGCCCUCAUGGACCGUUACAAGUCUACAAGACGCAAAGGUGCGCGCGGUCGUGCUUCUACUGCCUCGAAGGCCUCCCGCUUGUCCACCCAAUCCGUCCAGUCCACCUUCUCCGAGGCUCCAUCGCUAAUGUCAUUGGGCGACGCAGGUCCCCAGCUUGACGUCGAGGAUAGCAUCGCCCUUGACACCACUAUUUCGUCCGACGCCGGAAAGGGCCGUAAGAAGACUACCAAGGCAAAGAAAAAGACAAGCCGUCAGGCGUCCGUGGAGCCCUCGGUCGACUAUCCCGCCCUGCAAGAAGCUUCAGAAGUCGAAGACAACAUAUACGCCGUUCCCGUCGACGACGUGCCCUUAUCUGUCGAAGAAGCAUCCAAACCCAAACGUGGUCGCAAACCUAAAAAUACGCAAGAUUCCACCCUCGUUGACGAUUCCACGGCCGAGCCGACAUUGAAGCCCACUCGAGGUCGCAAGAAGGCAAAGAAGCCGACUCCACCCCCUGUUGAAACCAGUCUGGACGAGAGUCAAUUGCAGUCCGAACUACAGGAGGCCGCGGAAGAUGCUGUUGUACCACAGAGCCGCGCUUCCAGGCCUGGACGAGGCACCAAGAGAACGAGCGACGGCCUCGAAAAGCAAGCAAGCAUCGAAGACGCAAUUGUCGACGAGCCCUCUAUCAAGCCUAAGAAGGCGGCGAAGGCCGCAAAGCCCAAGAAGACCAAGAGAGCUGCUAAAGACACACAAGAAGAGUCGGAAGAGCCUGUCACUAUUGCGCAACAGGAGGAUCAGCCCAAACGAACAAGGUCCAAGAAGACCAAGAAGGUCGAGCCGGAGCCUGAGGUAGAGCCUGAAAGCGAAGCACAAGCAGAAGAGGCUGAAAAACAGGUCGAGGCAGAAGAAGAAGCAUUCGAACGGAAUUUUGAGAUCGCCGAUAGCGACGCCGGUCUCGAAAAUGAGAUACAGCAUGACAUUCGACACACAGUGGAAGAGGAGGACUUUGAUCAGGAGGAUCUCGGCCCGGAUGCUGUACCGAAUGUCGACAUGGAACUUGAAGACCACCACACUUCUGACCAUCUGGAACGCCAAGACGAGGCUGCGUUAGAUGAGGAGUUUGACAAUCUGGAGAAUUUACAGCCAGAGGCGGAAGUCGUGGAGAACGAGAUUGAGAUUGAGGAAGAACAAGUUGCGUCGCGCGAACCAACGCCUGCGCCUGAAGAGUUCGAGCCUUCACCAACACCUGAGGCCAAGCGUCACUCCGCAGCCUCUCAGUCUUCUGUGCGAAGAUCCGUUGCACAACUCCCACAGUCCGAGGACGUCGCGCAAUCUGCUCAAUCGACACCAUGUAGCGCAAGGAGUCCGCAGCAAUCCGAUGCUGAGAACCAACCACCAUCCUCAUCGACCCACGUUCCGCUCACUGCUCAGAAGGGAGCUGCUAGCUUAAGUACAUUGAACUCUGCUAUCCAACCCAAAGAGAUCUUCGCAAGCCCGACAAAGACUACUCGAGUUCCUCUGGCCGCAUCUACACCCAAUCGUUCUCCAUCCCGGCGAUCACCAUCCAAAUUUGGCAGACUGAAUUCGACUACAUCAUGGGUACCUGUGGAUCUCGAGUCUGUCUUCUUCCCCGACUCGGAGAAUGAGAAUGGAGAUGCAGACGAUGUGUUCAACAGGCUUCUCGAGGUUGGUGGUGCCCUUACUUCACCCGAGAAGAAGAUGACGGUGGAAGAGUGGAUCCGCUCUCGUGCAGAGUUGGGUGAAAGCAAGCUCAAGAAUGAGUGCGAACGCAUGGUCAUGCUGUUCGAGAAGGAGGGCAACCGAGGUUUGGCGGCUUUGAGCGGCAUCCAGACUUCAUCAUGAGCGAUUAAACGAGCAACGAAUUUCGUAUUCUCUUGGGUUGGAAGGCGGUGCAAGGUUCAGGAUGGUGUAAACGCUGCUGAUUUCUUCAUAAUGAAAGUGCUAUUUCUCCGAGACUUUUACCGUCGGUUGCAUCUUUAUCUCGGCUCGUGGCAUGUCGCGGUCGGUAAUACUGUAUUUUGUUUGGUAUACGCGUCUCGUGCCUGCAUGAUAGCUCAUAGUAUGUCGUUGAUCGCCAUAAUUCGCAAGCGAAUGGGGCUGGAUAAUAUACACUUAUCGGACCAAUCAUGGUCUUGUUCACCAAUGACACCUUUCUGGCUAAGUUGUCGUAACUGACAAAAGUCGAGAAGUGGCACCAAGGAAUCGGGCUGAUCUUGAUGCAGUGAAAUAAGCUGCCGAGGAAGUGUCGACUCUCGAGUGGUUUUCGAAGGAAGAGGAGGAAUCCUUAUUCAUUGCGGAC